CCACCCCCGUCCAUGUAAACAGAGGCCGUGUUGGAGGCUGUGCAGCCUGGCUCCAGUUACUUUCGACCCUAAGUGUAACUUCUGCGAGUAUAAAACUUUAGAAUUAGCUGUUUAAAAUAUUAGAAGAAGAAGCUCAUCUGAAGAAGGUGGUAGAGGUGGAGUGUGGGCCGCCAUGUCGAAGAAACGUAGCAAGGAAAUCAUGAAGUUGGACCUCUAUGAAAUUCUGGAGAUUCCUAUACACUCAGAGGAGAAGGAGAUAAAGAAGUCGUAUAGAAAAAAAGCUCUUAAAUGUCAUCCAGAUAAAAAUCCUGAUAACCCAGAUGCUGCUGAUGAAUUUGACAAACUAAAGAAAAUUCUUGAGAUUUUGUUAGAUCCAGGAACACGUAAAGCAUAUGACAAGGUCCUCAAGAGUCGUAAGGCGGCAGCUAUUAGAGCCAGUGAAGUUGAUGCCAGAACACAGAAGUUAAGAUCAGAUUUGGAGGUACGGGAAAGACGUGCUCAACGCACUAGGGAACAGCUGGAGAUAUCAGAGGAGGAAAAACUUCGACGUGAAUUAAAAAGAUUGGAAGAGGAAGGUGAACGGCUUAUUUCAGAGGAAUUGGAUCGAGUAAAUAGACAGGUUGAGGAAGAGCUUUCUCGAGCUUCGUCUAAAGUGUCUAAGAGCGGUGAACCCCCGGUUUCGGACACACAGGGUCAUAAGAUAAAAGUUAAGUGGGUGUCGACAGAUGACUGGCCUGGAUACACCGAGCAAGAAAUCAACCAACUCUUCUAUAAGUGGGGAGACAUCAAUGCUCUUGUGAUGAAACAGAAAAAUAAAAGAGGAACAGCAUUAAUAGACUACAAGACCAAAAAUGCAGCAGAUAUGGCGGUGCAAUUUGAGAAAGGUCAAAUUGGCAAACCGGUAGAAGUUUCACGCAUACGAGAGGCCCCUCAGAAGAAACCUCAUGUUCCCAAAAAUUCUGAUAAGGAAGAAGAAUCUAAGGAAAAAUCAAAUUUAGAUUAUGAAUCUAUAGCAGCCAUGAAUCAGCGGAGACAAGAGGAACGUAGAAGAUUAAUUGAAGAAAUUAUGAGAGAAGAGGGAUUGACAAAAUGAACUUGCCAAAGAAUAUUUUUUAAAGUCAAACCAGUUAAAUGUUUCUCAACAUUCUGUAUUAAUACACAAAUUGAUUGCUUUUGAUGAAAAUUAUCUUUUUAUAAAUAAUUUUAAUCUGU